GGAGUCCCUAGCCGGAAGUGCCUCUGCUGACAUCGCUCCCGCCGGCCGGAUCGGUGUUGGGGGGAGUCCCGGGUGCGCUCCGCUCCGCUCCUGGUCCGGAGAGUUUGCGCUGCUGAUUCCAUCAAGAUGCUGUGCAGAGCUGCUCUUCUCCCUUCCUUGCGUUCUUCGGGACAAUUCUGGCGGCAGACUGACGUGGCGGGCUCUCACCCUUGUCUACUGGCUCCUAACCUGGUAUUGAGGAAUGAGUCUGCUCGGGGCUGGAGUAACAUCCCAUUCAUCACGGUGCCCCUCAGCCGAACCCAUGGCAAGUCGUUUGCUCACCGCAGCGAGUUGAAGCACGCCAAGAGGAUUGUGGUGAAGCUGGGGAGCGCUGUUGUGACUCGAGGAGAUGAAUGUGGCUUAGCCCUCGGGCGACUGGCAUCCAUUGUUGAGCAGGUAUCAAUGUUGCAAAACCAGGGCCGGGAGAUGAUGAUCGUCACCAGCGGGGCUGUGGCCUUUGGGAAGCAGCGGCUGCGUCACGAGAUCUUGCUGUCUCAGAGUGUGAGGCAGGCUCUCCACUCAGGGCAGAACCAGCUCAAGGACAUGGCGAUUCCUGUGCUGGAGGCUCGAGCCUGUGCAGCUGCCGGUCAGAGCGGGCUGAUGGCUCUCUAUGAGGCCAUGUUCACACAGUACAGCAUCUGCGCAGCCCAGUUCUUUUCUUCCUUCCAGAUUUUAGUCACCAACUUGGAUUUCCAUGACGAGCAGAAGCGUCGGAAUUUAAACGGGACACUGCACGAACUGUUGCGGAUGAACAUUGUCCCCAUAAUCAACACCAAUGAUGCUGUGGUUCCUCCCCCAGAGCCAAACAGUGAUCUUCAGGGGGUAAACGUAAUCAGUGUGAAGGACAACGACAGCUUAGCAGCCCGUCUGGCUGUGGAAAUGAAGACCGACCUGCUGAUUGUUCUUUCGGAUGUUGAGGGACUCUUUGAUAGCCCCCCAGGAUCAGAUGACGCAAAGCUCAUUGACAUAUUUUAUCCUGGAGACCAGCAGUCUGUGACGUUUGGAACUAAAUCACGGGUGGGAAUGGGAGGCAUGGAAGCCAAGGUGAAAGCUGCCCUGUGGGCUCUCCAGGGAGGUACCUCAGUAGUGAUUGCCAAUGGAACUCAUCCCAAGAUCUCUGGCCAUGUCAUCACAGACAUUGUGGAAGGAAAGAAAGUUGGCACGUUUUUUUCAGAGGUGAAGCCUGCAGGCCCAACCGUGGAACAGCAGGCUGAAAUGGCUCGAACAGGAGGCAGGAGUUUGGCAGCACUUCAGCCUGAACAGAGAGCAGAGAUCAUCUAUCAUCUUGCUGACCUUCUGACAGACCAGCGAGAAGAGAUUCUUCAGGCCAACAAAAAAGAUUUGGAAGAAGCUGAGAAUAAAGGAAGAUUGGCCCUUCCUUUGUUGAAGAGACUCAGCCUGUCAACCUCCAAACUGAAUAGUUUGGCCAUUGGGCUGCGACAGAUUGCAGCGUCAUCACAAGACAGUGUUGGCCGUGUCCUUCGAAGAACACGAGUAGCGAAGGAUUUGGAGCUGGAGCAAGUGACUGUGCCUAUUGGGGUCUUAUUAGUGAUUUUUGAAUCCCGGCCUGACUGUCUCCCCCAGGUAUCUGCUUUGGCCAUUGCCAGUGGAAAUGGCUUACUGCUGAAAGGAGGGAAAGAGGCAUCGCGCAGCAACCAGAUCCUUCACCAUCUGACUCAAGAAGCCCUUUCCAUCCACGGGGUGAAGGACGCGGUGCAGCUGGUGAAUACCAGGGAGGAGGUGGAAGACCUUUGCCGUUUAGACAAGCUGAUAGAUUUGAUCAUUCCCCGUGGCUCGUCUCAGUUGGUUCGGGAUAUCCAGAAAGCUGCUAGAGGAAUCCCAGUGAUGGGCCACAGUGAAGGAAUUUGUCACGUGUAUGUGGACUUGGAGGCCAGUGUGGAGAAGGUCACCAGAAUAGUGAGAGACUCGAAGUGUGAAUACCCUGCAGCCUGCAAUGCGCUCGAAACUCUCUUAAUACACCGGGACUUGCUGAGAACUCCCAUCUUUGACCAGAUCAUUGACAUGUUGCGAGUGGAACAGGUGAAGGUUCACGCUGGCCCCAAGUUUGCCUCCUACCUGACAUUCAGCCCCUCGGAGGUGAAAUCACUGCGCACGGAAUAUGGGGACCUGGAGUGCUGCAUUGAAGUGGUGGACAGUGCACAGGAUGCUAUUGAACACAUCCACAAAUAUGGGAGCUCCCACACAGAUGUAAUCAUCACAGAGAACGAGAAAACAGCAGAGUUCUUCCUCCAGCACUUGGACAGUGCCUGUGUGUUCUGGAACGCCAGCACCCGCUUCUCGGAUGGCUAUCGCUUUGGGCUAGGGGCUGAGGUUGGCAUCAGUACAUCGCGUAUCCAUGCCCGUGGGCCAGUUGGAAUUGAGGGGCUGUUGACCACAAAGUGGCUGCUGAGAGGGGAGAAUCACAUCGUUUCCGAUUUCUCUGAGCAAGGAAGUAUGAAGUACCUUCAUGAAAAUCUCCCCAUCCCACAAAGGAACAGCAACUGAGCACCCAGGUGGGGCAGGUGCAUUUUUAUGGAGACUGUUACGGUUUCAGAACAGAGUCUUGGAAAGGAGAGGAACCUCCACCUUCUGGAAUGCGGAGUGUUUUUGCACGCUGAGCUUCUGGAAACUCCCAAGCGGUGACUUGCGGACCUUGUUUUGCGCCCGAGUUGUUUCUCCUCACACUGCAAUGCGUAGAUGUUGGGUGUCAACGUUGAAAGCACCUCCUUUGCGCUUGCAGCACAGAAAAGAGGACUCUGGUACUCCACUCCAAACGAUGGGGAGCUUUAGGGUUGACAUUGGACCUAUUUAUUGAUCUGGAUUCUUCUUUUCAGCCAUUCACCGAGGGGGGGGGGAGA